AUGAGGGCUGCCCACUGGAGUCGAUGUAUUCAGGUCCUUCAAGAGAACACGGCUUGCAUCUAUUCGGUUGCUUGGGGCCCGAAUGGUGAACUCGCAUCUGGAUCGCGUGAUAAAAUGGUGAGAACAUGGGAUCCCAAUACAGGGAAAUGCCUAGCAACUCUGGAAGGACAUGAAGACACGGUGGUUUCCGUUGCUUGGUCGAAAAGCGGCGUUCUCGCUUCUGGAUCAAUCGAUGGAACCAUUAAGAUCUGGGACACGGCUAUGAGACACUGUGUGGCCACUCUAAAAGAUGGCAAAAGUAAGGUUCUCUCGAUAGAUUGGUCUCCUGGGGGCGUGUUACUUUGCUCAGGGUGUGAGAAUGGCGUCAUCAAAAUUUGGGAUACAGCAAUUGGAGAAUGUAAGUCAAGUCUGAAAGCAGAUAUAGAUAAUGUUGGCUCAGUUUCCUGGGGGCGGGAUGGUCGACUGGCAACCUUUUGUCAUGGUGUGAUGCGAGUUUGGAACCCGCUGACUGGUGAAUGUCUCUCAAUCAUCUCGGGGUGUGGAGAAGGUAUACGUUCCAUUGCUUGGUCUACCGACGGGCGAAUAGGAACUGGCUCUAACAGCCAUAUACCUGCUGUGUGGUCCCCAAGGUCUGAGCUCUGCCUUGCAAGCUUUAAAGGGCAUGAAUAUUCUGUGACCUCUGUCGCAUGGUCUUCGAAGGGAAUUUUUGCUUCUGGGUCUUUGGAUGAAACUAUCAAGUUCUGGGAUCCACGCACUGGAAGGCAUAUUGAGACUAUAGAGGGACAUGGAGACUCAAUCAUGUCAAUUGAUUGGUCAGAGGAUGGGAAGCUUGUCUCUGCCUCCUCUGAUGGUACUAUCAGACUUUGGGAUACAACAGGGAUAGAAGAUCAGCCGUUCUUGACUUGGAUUUUUUACCGUAUUUCGUUCAUGAUCUGGUCAGCAUUUGCGACAUUUGUCUGGUGCAUUGCACAGGGACAAGAUAGGAAGAAACCGAUUUCUUGGACGAAUUAUUCAACGGGGAUGACUCACAACCCGCUGACUGACAGAUUCGAACCUAUCAAGAUACACAAAUCCGACAAAACUAGGAUGAUCUUGGCCUCUACCUUUUGGGCAGUCCUUUUCUUUAGGAGUCGGUCGAUGAUCACGUUUGGACUUUAUUUCAUGUCUAUUGUGACGACAUGCUCGAUCCUCUGGAAAUGUCGAAUUGUCAGAAUCUGGGUUCCUCAUGAAGGAAGUGGCAUUUUUAUAAGACCUAUCGAUGGGGAGCAAAAGUCAGUCACAUGUCUCGCUUGGUCCCCGGACAACAAAUUGUUAGCCUCUGGAUCUCGAGACGCCACAGUCAAGAUCUGGAAUGCAAAAACCGGACAAUGUAUCUUGACACUCGAAGGACAUUCCUCCUGGGCCAGGUGCGUUGACUGGUCACCCAAGAGGGGCUUGCUAGCAUCUGGAUCACUCGAUGGAACUGUCAGGAUAUGGGACCCAGUAUCCGGAGAGUGUACAAAGAUAAUCGAAGUGGGAGAACCUGUUCUCGACCUAUCUUGGUCUUUUGAUGGGAACUUACUGGUAACUGUUUCAAUGACAACAAAGGAAGGCAUCAAAAACACGAUCAGAGUCUGGACCAAGAACACCAUGGAAUGCAUUUUUGUGCUCGAUGAUACAGAUAAAGAUGGAGUGUCCUUUGAUUUAGAGAAUCCGAAUCUCUUGCAUACGAGCGCAGGGACAUUCGAUAUACGAUCCGGUCACGUGGUGAAGCACUCAUCACAAUUUUCAACGCGCCCCCUGUUUGAAGAGAGUCAAUAUGCACUAAAUGAGGAUUUGUCUUGGGUGACACGCCAAGGAAAGAAGCUGAUCUUCCUGCCUUUGGAAUAUCGAUCACACAUAUGGUGUUCCAAUGAUACAACAGUGGCGGUAGGCUGUUCCUCUGGUGAGGUAUUGAUUAUGUGCUUGAGCACUAUGAAUAAAUUCUGGUAA